AUGGCUAUUGAAUUAUCAUAUAUAUUGGAAUCAAAUAUUAAGAAAUAUAAAGAUGAAAAAAGUUUACAAGAAACAGGUAUUGUUCUUUCAAUGAGUGAUGGUAUUGCUAGAUGUUAUGGUUUAACUAAAAUUCAAGCUGGUGAAAUGGUUGAAUUUAAUAAUGGAAAUAUAAAGGGUAUGGCUUUAAACUUAGAGCCAGAUGUUGUAGGUGUAGUUGUUUUUAGUAAUGAUAGAGAAAUUCAAGAAGGUAAUUUUGUAAAAAGAACCGGUUCUAUUGUUAGUGUACCUGUUGGACCCGAAGUAUUAGGAAGAGUAGUAGAUGCUUUAGGUCAACCUAUUGAUGGAAAAGGUCAAAUUAAUAGUAAAUUAGAAAGUAGAGUUGAAGUUAAAGCUCCUGGUAUUAUGCCUCGAGAAAGUGUUAAAGAACCUGUACAGACUGGUCUAAAAGCAGUAGAUAGUUUAAUUCCUAUUGGUAGGGGUCAAAGAGAGUUAAUAAUUGGUGAUAGACAAACUGGUAAAACUUCGAUUGCUAUUGAUACUAUAAUUAAUCAAAGAGAUCCUCAUUUAAAAAAAGAUGUUGAUAAUCAAUUAUAUUGUAUUUAUGUAGGAGUAGGUCAAAAAAGAUCAACAAUUGCUGAACUAACCAAAACUUUAGAAGAAAAAAAUGCAAUGUUUUUUUCAAUUAUUGUAGCCGCUACCGCUUCAGAUUCAGCACCUUUACAGUAUUUAGCACCUUAUACAGGUUGUGCUUUAGGUGAAUAUUUUAGAGAUAAUGGUAAACAUGCUGUUAUUUUUUAUGAUGAUUUAUCAAAACAAGCUGUAGCUUAUAGACAAAUGUCAUUAUUAUUACGAAGACCACCGGGUCGAGAAGCAUAUCCUGGUGAUGUAUUUUAUUUACAUUCUCGUCUUUUAGAAAGAGCUGCUAAAAUGAAUAGAAAAAUAGGUGGAGGUUCAUUAACAGCUUUACCGAUUAUUGAAACUCAAGCUGGUGAUGUUUCUGCAUAUAUUCCAACUAAUGUAAUUUCAAUUACAGAUGGACAAAUUUUCUUAGAAACUGAAUUAUUUAAUGAAGGACAACGACCUGCUAUUAGUGUUGGUUUAUCAGUAAGUCGAGUUGGUUCAGCUGCUCAAAUUAAAGCUAUGAAGCAAAUUGCCGGUACAAUGAAAUUGGAAUUAGCGCAAUUUAGAGAAGUACAAGCUUUUGCUCAAUUUGGUUCUGAUUUAGAUGCAACAACUCAACAACAAUUAAAUAGAGGAGUUAGACUAACCGAAAUGUUAAAACAAGGUUUAAACAUAAAAUUGCUGUAG